AUGUUAAGUCAUUCUUACGCUGCAUUCCCACCUCUCCAACCUCCUCCAGGCGAACACAACCCUCCAAUCGGUAUACCAAAACCAGUUCCUGUCUUUGAGGAACCCUCUCACCUAGGCAAAACUAUCCUUUGGAUCGCGUUCGCUGUCUUUGCAACAACAACUGUAGUAAACGGUUUACAUGCUACACGACUCAAUAAGCGUCGUAGAACUUUCCACUUUUUGGUUGGUAUUAUCCUCACCGUCACAACACUCUCCUAUCUUGCGCUUGCAACAAACUUUGGCGCUUUCUAUGUUCCAGAAUCACACCGUCAUUUAGUUGCACCUAAGCACCCACCACUUAGAGCCAUCUACAUCGGUCGCUUCGUUGAGUGGUUUAUUACCCUCCCACUUACCGGUUUCACACUUGGUUUACUCACUGGUUUACCUUGGUUGGACAUUGCUUUCGGUGUUCUUUCAAUUGUUGGCUUCAUUCUUAGUGGUCUGCUUAGUGGUUUCCAAAGCAACGCUGUCGGUGUCUGGUUCUUCUUCAUCAUUAGUGUCUUGUUUUACUUGGCUGUCGUUCACGUUUUUGGCAUUCGCGGUUUCAAAGUAUCACGUAUCCAAUCUGAUGAUGUACGCGUCUUAUACGGUCCACUCACCACACUUGUCUUACUUACAUGGGCUACUUAUGCCGUCGUGUUUGCUUUAGGCACAAAGUCAAAGAUUAUUUCGUUUGACUUCGAAUUAGUCCUCUACGCUAUCAUCGACUUGGCUGCCAAGGCUGCAUUCUCACUCUGGUUAAUCCUCCAGCACUCACAAAUUAUCGAUGAAUAUGCUGCAGCGCUCUUGCCAGACAGCUGGGUAGAUCCAUCUGGUAUCUCAUACAACCCAAUUUCAACUAACGAAGAAGGUGCACAAGCAUGA